UUUAAAAGAAAAAUAAAAAUUAAAAUAAAACUAUGAAUCAAAUAAAACCCGAAGAUUAUGUUUCCGUGACCUACUAUACGGACGCAAUUCAAUUGGAUUCAAUUAAAUUGAUUGCUAAUGAAAAAUGUUCAUACGAUCUGAUUGUUGACCUGGGCUUCGGUGACGGCAGAGUUACCCGAAUGUUGUCCGAAAAAAUACCGCACAAACAAGUGUUGGCCAUCGAUGUCGUACCCGAACUGUUAGCACACGCUGUGGCCAACAGUUCGGACGAUAAGACCGUUGAGUAUGUCUUAGAAGAUAUGAGUGUCCGGUGGCUUGAGUUGAGUCCACGGAUCAGACAAUUGGAGUCAAAAGUGGAUCUAUUGUUCAGUAAUCUUGUCCUAAGCUAUAUAUCCAAUAAAACACAAUUAAUGGAAAUCAUUGGAAAGUUGUUUUCAAGCGGUGGACUGUUUUUUGCAAAUAUUGCUAUCAAUAAAGAUUUGAAUGAUAAACAACUGUUGGACAGUAUGUAUGAGGACAGACAACAAAAACAGCAACUGCUGUGCCAUUCAACUGAUAGACAACUAAAUGAUUGGAAACAAAGUUUAGUCGUCAAUGGAUUUGAUAUUAAAAUAUUCAAACAAUUGGAUCAAAAUGAAGUAAUGACUCGCAAACAGAUUAUAGAUUUUAUGCCAGAAUUAUUUAACUGCUUUGCUAUCUAUUAUGAAGAUCGGACCCAUUUUGACGAUGUGGUCAAAAAAGAUGACCGCUUUCACGAUCUAGUGUUUAACGCCUAUUAUAGUUUAACAGACGCGGCAUCGGCGGCAUCGGUAACUGUGGCCAACCAUCGACCAGUAUUGUUGACGUGGAAACAAUUUUUAGCGGACAAUACUAUUCACGAAAUGAAAAGUUGUUGGCAAAUCUUACAGGUUAUGGCUUACAACAAAAAUGUUAGAUAAAGUAAUACAUAGGGGGGGGGUCUAAAU